AUGUUUUGCGGUUUGGCGGGGUUUUCGGGAAAGUAUGGGCGCAGUCCAUGUCGUGGUCUUCGAACAAGCGCCCUUGCUGUGCGGCAGAGUCUCCUAGCGGCUGCAGGGCGCCAUAGUCGCCACCGAGGUCGCUCAAGCGUGCCGAAGCUUACCUGCCGGGGCGGGAACGUUGACGAGCCUCGCGACCAAGAUAACGAUCUUUCGGGGAGCAUUCUGCCCCGUGGUGCGCUUUUUGGUGGUUUCCUCUCCUAUGGUGUUGGGAAGAAACGAACACGUUCAGACCGCGUCCCGCAAAACCCGGAGAUACCCUGCGCUUGCGGGAGCGGCAGGACGUAUCGGAACUGCUGCAUGCCCUUUCAUACGAACUCAAAGGCACCCGCAGAAGCAGAAGAGCUUUUGCGUGCUCGAUACUCGGCUUUCGCCUAUCGCUUACCCGGGUUUAUCAUGCGGACCACUUCGAAAACAAACCCGGACUAUACGGACGACUGGAACCGCUGGGAGGCAGACAUUCUGGAGUUCUGCGACUUGUAUCGCUUUCCGGGUAUGGAGGUCCUUGAUGAGAAGACCGCGAGCCCCGAUGUAUCCUUUAUUCAGUUUCGUGCGAAUCUCAUCUACGAAGGCGCCCUCGGUUUCUUCAUAGAACGGAGUCGCUUCGUGAAAGAGCGCGGGAAAUGGAUGUAUGCGAGCGGGAAGCUCGUCGAAGCUGAGAUGCCACCCCGAUAA